ACCCACCGGUUUUCACCAAAACCGUUUUUAGUCCCCCUUAAAUAAUCCCUCCGAUCUCUCAUUUUUUUCCACACUAACUGCCUUUCAUCACUCUCUGUCACUCUAUAAAAAAAUUCUUUUGCAUUUUCUCUAUAUUCAAAGAAAUGGGGAAGAUCAAGAUCGGAAUCAAUGGAUUUGGAAGAAUCGGUCGAUUGGUUGCAAGAGUUGCUUUGCAAAGGGAUGAUAUUGAGCUUGUUGCUGUUAAUGAUCCAUUCAUCACAACUGAUUACAUGACAUAUAUGUUCAAGUAUGACAGUGUGCACGGCCACUGGAAGCACCAUGAGGUUAAAUUGAAAGAUGAAAAGACACUUCUCUUCGGUGAUAACCCAGUCAAAGUCUUUGGGUUCAGGAAUCCGGAGGAGAUUCCGUGGGCUGAAGCUGGUGCUGAGUUUGUUGUCGAGUCUACUGGUGUCUUUACGGACAAGGACAAGGCUGCUGCCCAUUUGAAGGGCGGUGCUAAGAAGGUCGUCAUCUCUGCUCCAAGCAAGGACGCUCCCAUGUUUGUUGUGGGCGUGAAUGAGAAGGAAUACAAGCACGAGCUAAACAUUGUCUCCAAUGCUAGCUGCACCACAAACUGUCUCGCUCCAUUGGCCAAGGUUAUUAACGAUAGGUUCGGUAUUGUGGAGGGUUUAAUGACCACAGUCCACUCCAUUACUGCCACUCAAAAGACUGUCGAUGGUCCAUCAAGCAAGGAUUGGAGAGGUGGAAGAGCCGCCUCAUUCAAUAUUAUUCCUAGCAGCACUGGAGCUGCCAAGGCUGUUGGUAAAGUUCUUCCGUCCCUGAACGGGAAGUUGACCGGGAUGGCAUUCCGAGUCCCUACUGUUGAUGUCUCAGUGGUGGACCUCACUGUAAGACUAGAGAAAGAAGCCACCUAUGAUGAAAUCAAAGCUGCUAUCAAGGAGGAGUCAGAGAACAAGCUCAAGGGUAUCUUGGGUUAUACUGAAGACGAUGUGGUGUCCACGGACUUUGUAGGUGAUAGCAGGUCAAGCAUUUUUGAUGCCAAGGCCGGGAUUGCUUUGAGCAAAAACUUCGUUAAACUUGUCUCCUGGUACGACAAUGAAUGGGGAUACAGUUCUCGUGUUAUCGAUUUGAUCCGCCACAUGGCUUCUGUUAAAGCUUGAAGCUCUGAACAAGCUUUAAAGAAAGUUUUUCCUUUGUGGAGUCUGGAGGUUGUAGUUGUUUUAGUUGAUGUUGAAUAAAAUCUAGAUGCAUCUGUACUGAGGCUCUGGUCAAGUUUGUCUAUUUACUCGAGUCAUUGUGAAACAAAAUUUCUCUUGUGAAGUGAGAAUGAAAUUUUUCUUGAAAAUCUUCCCGUCUGAGUUUGUGUGUU